UUAGGAAAGCACUCAAAUGGUGUGAUUGCGAGUCAACCGAACAAUAAUAGCGGACCGAUUAGUAUUCCUAAAUCCAUUUCAGCACGAAUCCAAUCGGAGUCGUCUUCGUCAACCAAUUUCAUACGAAUCGGUAGUUUGAAGGCCGCGUCAAAAGUAAAGAGAAUUACCGGAAUUGGACCCAAAAGUUGGGGAUCCGUUGAAAGCAUACCAGAAAACAAUAAUGUGAAUAAGAAAUCGAAGAAAAAUAAGAAGAAUUCUAAGAGAUAUCCCACUCCUGAGAGACAUCGGGACAAGGAUUCAGAUUCAGACAGCGCUUAUGGCUUCCACUAACCAUUCCU